CAGAGAAGAUGGCGGCUUGCUUGCUUCCUCUCUGGAAAAUAUCCGAGAAAUACCGGGAUCCGCUUCUUUUCAUAGCAUUUGUUGAUGUGGAAAAAAUAUGAAAAAUUAACUGACUUUGCGAUAAGGUUGACCUGUAGACGCUUUAUUCAGGAAACAAGCCGAAAUCCAGCUUACUCACAGUCGCCAUGGUGAGUUAUGAAAUGUAAACUGUUUUUGAAAUGUAUCACCGGUUUUGAUCUGAUUUACAAUUUGUGAUUUUGUUAUUUUUAUCCGUUAAGUCAGGGAUGUCCGAGGAUUUCAGUCUGAUUCUCACUAGUGGUUUCACUAUUGGGUUAAUUACACAUUAACGAUACCAAUAUAAUGCGAAGUUGUCUCUAUUUUCUUAUUCGGUAUUUUUUAAAUUUUACUAUGUGCAGGUGUUGUUAAGCUUAGAAGCCAAAGUUACGACAUUUUACGCUAAAACCCGGGGUCUCUAUUACCUCCUUAGUUUGCCUUCUCAAAAUAAAAUUCUUUCAUCGUUGAUUGUUUGAAUUAAUACCCGACAUGUUAUGUGCAUGAAUCGUAGUUCACAAUCAACACUUUUUGAAUGUAAGUGAGUUUAGUUUGCACAUCAAUUGACUCUGAACCAGUAAUAAAUAAAUCGGAACCUUCUUUGAGCAUUUUUUGGCGGAAAGUAGAAUAUCUACCAUGUUCAGAGCGAAAAAUAGUAAAUGGGAAAUCUUUUUUAACUUGUUUAUUUGCAUAGUCUAACAAAAAAGGGAGUGAGUCAUUGUUGAUUGUUGUGUUGAUUUGCGUAGUCUAACAAAAAAGGGGGUGAGUCAGUGAAGGUGGUGGUGAGAUGUCGUCCAAUGAACCAGAAGGAAAUAGCUCAAGGACAUCAAAGGUGGGAAAAAGUUAUUUGAUGAUAAGAACAUGUGUGAUAAGUAUAAUACACAUUAUUCAAAAUCAAACAGCAAUAAAAGGGUUUUAUUAUCAAUAACUCAAGUUCAAAUCAUGGUGAUUAUUAUAAACAAAAAUACAUUAAAGGAAAUCUAGGAAGUUACCUCUACUACAGAUGCUCCUGGAAUAAAAUAAGAAAUUAGCUUUAGAAAUAGAAUUUUAUAAACUAAGGAUAGUCUAGCUUACUUUACAAAACUUCCUGCAUGCCCAUGAAUCUCCUUAGGAAGGGCAUUCCACUAUUUGAUAAACCUUCAAAAGAAUAAGUGAAAAAUCAGUUUACCCUAGCUAAAGGCUAAUUGUCAUUUUUAUUUUAUUUUAUUUUUAUUUUGAUAUUGCUAGUUGUUUAAAUGACAGACUUCAAUGAGAUUUAUUGCAAAAAUAAAUUAACCUGUCAAAGUUGUGAAAGAAUCAUUUAGAUGGUAAUAUUGAUACCUAAUUAUAUUUCAACCACUUUCUCGAUUUUAUAUUUUUAAGGAUAAUUGAGAUGAAUGUGAAGAAAGGAACUAUUGAGAUCAACAAUCCAGCUAAAAAAGAGGAAGUGCCAAGAAUGUUCACCUAUGAUUCAGUUUAUGACUGGAAGUAAGUUUAAACCAUUUUUAUUUUGGCAUUAGCUUAUUUAAGGCUCAUGCCAUCCAUUAUCUCCUAGAACUAAUAUCUUGUUUUUCAUUUGAUUACCUAAUCUGAAUAGAAUUGAGAUUAACAUCAGAAAUAGUGCACUUAGAGUAUUUGUAAAGAUAAGGAAGUAAUGUGGGAGAAAUGAUGCUUAAAAACAAAAUAAUUAUCAUUUGUAUUGUUGAUUCCUAAUUGAUAAUUAUUAGUAUACCUCAUGGAAAGGUACAAAGUACUUUUUUGUGCUCACUGAUUGAUUUUCUCUGAUAAUAUCCCUGGUUGAGAUAUUGUCCUCAAAAUUUCACAUUCGGACAAUCUUUCAGCUGCAAACAUUGACAGCUGACAAACCACCUGCCACAAGGGGUUUAUUUACAGUAAUGUGCAAAAGUAAUGGAAAUAAAAACAGCCAAUUUCAUUUUUUGUUCUAAGGAUCUUUUGUCUAAAGUUCAAGUGAAAAUUUGAUUGAAAGUUUAAUCAGGUUUUUUAAGUGACAUUUUGUUUGAGGAACGAAUUUCUGCUCUACAGUUUCAGUCGCAUAAACGCCCUCAAGGAAUAUCUUAUGGAAAGUUGAAGCUGUUCAAAACAAUAGGUGGUUGGCAAAUUUGCAGAAAUGUUGUUGAAGUUCCAUUUUGGUCAAGAAUUUGUUGAAAAGCUAGGAAUUUAGUCUAAUUUUGUCAAAAUGUGUUUGCAUUACUUUUGCACAGUACUGUCCUAAAUAGUGUCAAUGUUGAAUAGAAGGUCAAAUGGGGGGUGAUUUUCAAAUUUGUGAGCUUGUGAGCCCAUGACUCAUAUGGCCAUGGAGAGUGUGAUUGGCAAACUAGAUAUUAAGAAGAGUUAAAAAAAAAAAGAAGAAAAACACAGUGAUUUCUAGCUGUAACUUCCCCUUUUCCUCUUCAUGUAGUUCAAAACAGAUUGAUCUCUAUGAUGAAACCUUCAGACAGUUAGUGGAUUCUGUACUGGAAGGAUAUAAUGGUUAGUCUUUAAUUUCAGUUAUUGUCUAUGAUAUUCAUAUGAUAGGAUUGUUCUUAUAUGCAAAUUGUGGUAAUGGAGUGUUGUUGGUGAAUUAGUGUCCUAGUAUUCUUUUUUAAUGGAUGUUUGUUGAUAAUAGACCACCCUAAAGUAUUUUUCUCAGGUUUCUGUGACAGACUAAAAGUACAUUUUAUAAUAAAUAGACCAUCUGUCCAAGCUGGCAGGGUAUAUUUUAGUUUUAGUAGUUACCUGAAGUUAAAGUUAAAGAUGAAGUUUGUGGCAUGAAAUGACCAGGUUACUGAGCAAAGGCUCAUUCCUGUGUCACAUGCAAUCCCCUCGCAUAUUACCCCACACCGUCUAUUUCAUCUGUUUUCCCUGACUAUUGGCAAGUACUCUGUUGUGCUUCUGAAUAGGCUGUGAGUGGGUUCUAAUUGGAGCUCUGACAGGAGCGGCUUAUUGCUCACAAGACAAUUCAAGUUGGCAAAUGAAGCCAGCUUGUGAGAGCUAGACUAGUAUGAGAAAUGAAAUCAGAUGCAUUCCUAGACAAAAGCACUGUAUUCCUUGUAGUUUCUCAUUCCUUGUGCCAGACCCCUCGCAGACCUCUCUUUAGGUAGCUUUGCUUGCAUACUUGAGCAUGGGGAGGUGUUCCUGCAACAGCACAUGUGAGAACCUAAUUGUGGGAUUAACUCUUGGGUAGAAAGAGAUAAAGGGAGAAGAUAGGACCACAACAUGGUGACCCUGAUCACAGGUUGAACUGGACUUUGUUGGGGGAUUAAUUAUGUAACUCGCUGAUUUCCCUUGUCAGGCACAAUAUUUGCUUAUGGACAGACUGGGACAGGAAAAACAUUCACCAUGGAAGGUAAUGUUGCAAGUUAUAUUUGAACCAUUCCUACUUUGAAUGUCUUUGAAUAGUGCUCUACUUGUACAUGAUGCCAACAAAUUAUUUCAGAAUGCUGUAAGUUGGUUUGCAAGUUUAAAGAUUCAAAUAACUAUAAUUGCAGUUCAUUUUCUUUGGUCUUUAGGUGUACGAUCAGACCCAAUCUUGCGAGGAGUGAUUCCAAAUUCCUUCGAGCACAUCUUUACUCACAUAGCUAGAACACAGAAUCAACAAUACUUGGUCAGGGCAUCAUAUCUUGAAAUUUACCAGGUACCCCUGACACUAAUCAGCUGUAACCAUGGGGUCUUCACAGGCCAGCUAUAGUUUUCCAAACAAUUUCCAACAGAGUGUCAGUAAAAUGUAGCUUUCAUGUGGCCUAUUUUCAGGCUUUAUUCAACUUACACUGCAAAUACAAAUUCCACAUUUUCUUUGCAAUUGUAUAACUUUCAGAUGGGGGUAUAUCAUGGUUCAAAGUAAGAGAAACAAGAAUGAAACAGGUUUGCUUUACCUGUGCCACAAUGGGAUGAUCUGGCUUGAUGGAAAAGGGGGGGGGAUGUGUUGGGGAUUGUAGUUUUAAGUAUGUAAGUGUAAAACGAUUUGAUAUAUACAUGAUUGUUACUGUACUGCUUUAAAUAGCUAUCACAUAGUUUUGGGAAAUUUAGGGAUGUGAAAGGAAUAUGGUAGUCACUUAUUUGAUUUAUCAUUGAUCUAAGUAAUUACCAGUGCAUGUGCAUGGCUUUGCAAAUGAAUUAAUGUUGCUAAAUGUUCAACAACUUCUUCAGGAAGAUAUCAGAGAUUUAUUAUCAAAAGAUCAAUCAAGGAGACUGGAGCUUAAGGAGAGACCAGAUACUGGGGUGUAUGUCAAGGUUAGCAUACAUCUAGCAGACAGCAUACAAUAGUCUAUUUAACAGUUGUGUGCUUGGUUGCCAAGCCUUUGAACAAAUGAGGCUAAGGGUGACCUUGGUAUGAUACAAAAUUUGUUGCUUUUCAAAUGUAAAUUACUUUGUUAUCAUGCUAACUAGAUAUUGGUCUGUAUCACAACAAGUUCAACUUCAGCCUCAAUCCAAAUCAAAGGCUUGGCAACUAGGUACACAACUGCAAAAUGGCCAAUCAGCCUCUGCCUGCUAUUGUGGCUAGAUAGGGGUUAUUCUUGUGCUCUUACAAUAUCUUAUUGUUACUACUAAGAUUGGUUGGAAAGGACUAAUCACUCAGUGGUUAAUGUGCUGGACUCUGCAUCUAGAGUUCUGGUUUCAAGACUUGGCCUGGUCAUUUUCUUGUGUUGUUUGGCAAGAAACUUUUCUUUUAAAUGCCUCUCUCCACCAAGAAGUAUAAAUGGGUCCUAGCAAAUUGUCAGCAAAGCCUGAUGAAAUACACGGGUGGUUACUUUGUAAUAGACUGGCAUUCUGUUCAGGGGGGAGAAGCAAUACUCCUAGUCACUCCAUGCUACAGAAACUGAGACUAGCUCUGGCUGGAUGGACCACUUGGGUCCAGUACACCAUUUGCCAUUGGCUUAAAUUUAGUAACAAGAAACCUCAUUAAAACCAAUUUCACAUCUAGAAAACUCAAAGCCCUGUUUGAUUAGAACAAUUAAUUAAUUGCCUUAAUGGACUAAUUUCCUAGUGAUACUCUAUGAAUAUGCUUUUUUGUGUGUUGAUUUGUUUGUUAUAGGAUCUUCAGUCGUUUGUAUGUAAAAGUGUAAAAGAGAUUGAACAUGUGAUGAACGUGGGCAACCAAAAUAGAGCUGUGGGGUUAGUGUUGUUAAUGUGGUAUAAUUUUGUGCACACUAGAAGAAGAGAAGAAAGACAGCUGGGAGUUUUAUUUCAUUAAUACAUGUUAUGGCAUCAUGGCCCCAGCUACAUGUAGUUAUCAUUCAGACGAGGAAAGUUGCUUUGUUCAUAGAGAAAAGUUACCUUAAAGAGCUACUGUAUCUUACAGUGUAAGCUUCUCGAAAAAUUUAGUGUGAAUUUGUUAAGUUGACAGAAUAAAGCAAUUGGUGUCAAUGACUUUUUCUAUAAGUGGCUGUCGAUGAUAUAAUUUAGGCGGCUGUGCCCGUUGAAGAGGCCGGAAGGUCGAACCUAAACACGAGACCUUGCUCGCGGGUUUUCUAAUCCUUUCUAAUCUCUUCCAUCCUCAGUUGUCAUUUUUCCUUCUUGGCUUAUAAUUCUCUAUUUUAAUUUUUUUCCUUUCAAAAUUAAAGGGCAACCAACAUGAACGAACAUUCAUCCAGGUCCCACGCUAUCUUCAUCAUUACAAUUGAGUGCAGUGAGGUAAUUAUGUCUAUUAUAACACGGGAAAAAUUUAUUUAUUUCUUAAAAAAAAAACUGUUUGUUGAUCAUCAAAUAGGACAUAAAUCUCCAUAACACAUUUCGAAAAGGAACAGUUCUUUGUCUACUAGAUAUUCGUCUCUAGUAUUUAUCGAACCUUCAUCAAGUCGAUACUCCAUACUCCAAAAAGUUGAAAUCCCUAAUAGAGUCAUUUUCAAUAGACUGUUGAGGGUGAUUGCACUGGUUUGCUUUACUUCGCACUGUGAUUGGUCUAGAAAGUCACACCACUCUCUCGACCAAUCAAAUGCAAACCUAAAACCAAUUACGACUUAGUCGCCCGCGUUUUCCCGCGCUUUAGGCAGCUUGGUUGUUUUUCACUUUGAGAUUUCAUCGGCUCUUAAAGAUAUAUCAUUUUCUUCUGAUCAGCUGUUCUGAUUACUUUGGGUUUGGUCUUACGAAACUCAUUGGUAAAGCGCUCUAUUUCAUAACUGUGUUGUAAACAAAGAGAGUGCAUUUCCUUGUUUGAAAAUUGAGAAAUGCUAGAAUUCAUCCUGAUCUUCAUAAAGACUACUUUCUUGUUAUAACUGAAUUUAACUUUAAACGGAUUUAAAUUUCCUUUCAGCCCGGUGCAGAUGGUGAAAACCACAUCCGUGUUGGUAAACUGAAUAUGGUGGAUCUGGCUGGCAGUGAGAGGCAGACGAAGACUGGAGCUACGGUAAGAACUAAAAGCUAACACCCAGUUGGGCCGGGUUAUUCAAAACACGAUUAACCUAACUUGGGAUUAGCGUAAAUUUUAUUUUUAGUUUAAUAGCCUUGCAAAGGGAUUUUUUCCAGUUAGUUGCGAGUGAUAUAAAGAGAUAUACUCCAACAAAAUCUUAGCUCUUAUAUGCGCUCUUCUACAUGAGAAAUAAAAGCCCAGGUUAACUUUUAAUCCUAGAUUAAUGUGAACCCCCUUUCGAACAACCCGGCCCAGUUCACAAUGCGCUAGAAAAAAAUUGAUUCGACCCAGGUCCACUCCUUUUCUUUCCUAACCUGCUUUACCAAAUUUUGGGAAGUUUGUGUAUGUAUGAUACGUUCAAAAGCUCUUGAAUCCUGAGAAAGUUUUGCACGUCGUGAGUGAAAUGUGGUUUUUCUUUCCUAAUGUGCUUUUCUAAAUAAGGUAUGUGAAGUUUGUGAAUGUAUGCCUUGUUCUGAAGCUCUUGAAUCCUGAGAAAGUUUUGCACGUCGUGAGCGAAAUGUGGUUUUUCUUUCCUAACCUGCUUUUCUUAAUAGAGUGUGUUGAGCUUGUGAAUGUAUGGCGCAUUCUGAAGCUCUUGAAUCCUGAGAAGGUUUUGCACGUCGGGAGCGAAAUGUAGUUUUAUUUAUUUUUGUUUUGUUUUGUUGUGGUUUUUUUUGUGUUUGUAGGGUGAAAGACUCAAAGAAGCUACUAAAAUCAACCUGUCUCUCUCGGCUCUUGGCAAUGUGAUAUCUGCAUUAGUAAGUAAACAUCUGUUUAAUAUUUUGCUUUUUGGUAGAAAGAGAUUAAAAAUGAAGAAGUUUGCCUUGUUCGGUUGUUUACAGUAUUUUAUUGUGCACGCUGAAGGGAAUAGUGCAGCAAAAUGACAUGCCGGAACAUUUAGCAGAUUAACGACUUUUUUUGUAGGUGGAUGGAAAAAGUACUCAUGUGCCUUACAGAGAUUCCAAGUUAACAAGAUUGCUGCAAGGUAAAUAUAUGUACAAAGAGUUACUAAGUUGCGAAAGAUUCCUCGUUGGUCAAAGCUUUUUUCUCAGUCACUAAAUUCCUCUUAUUUCUCUGAUGCGAACAGAUUCGCUUGGAGGAAACGCACGUACGGUAAUGGUUGCCAACAUUGUAAGUUUUUUUGUUUUUUUUUUUUUUUUUUUUUGUUUUAGGUUACUUUUUGAAUGGUAACUGCAUAUUAAGUUGCAUUUUUUUCAGAACUAAACCGAGAAAGCUGGAUGUGUUUUCAUACUUUCGAACGGCGCAUGCGAAAAUGUGCCGUGUCUAUUUGCGCAGAGUAAUCUUGCUCUCUAAGUUCACUAAUUUAGAGUAACCAUUCUCAGCGGUCACCGGAUAAUUUUGUUACGUCAUUUAGGGUCCAGCAAGUUAUAAUUUUGAGGAAACGAUCACAACACUUAGGUAUGUUGUUUUAAUAGUAAUGAUAAAAAUGAUGUCUUUUCUCGGUCUUUUUAACAGAGUCUCGUUUGUUUGAAAGAACAACUAUUUUUUAACUCUGUGAAUUCAAGAAUCGCUUGGCCGUUUCAAUUCAUUUUCAUUUUUUGAAAAUAUUGAUGACUUUUUUAUUGGUCACAGAUAUGCAAACAGGGCCAAGAACAUUAAAAACAAACCGAAGAUUAAUGAAGAUCCCAAGGAUGCUCUGUUGAGAGAAUUUCAAGAGGAGAUCGGAAGGUGAUAUAAUACAAACCAUGUAAAAUUAUUGAGCGCAGUUUGGCACAUCAUCUCAAUGUCUUAUAUAGCUGAGAGCGCCCGCGGGCAUGAUGAGGCGAACCCUGUAUCCUGAUUGGCUAUCCGAGGACGGAAGAUGAGGCUAUCUUGCCAGCUCGCUAAAACAUCUACAAAUCAACAAACAAACAAAAAAAGUUCGUCAUUUUUGGAUAGUUUGGGCAAUGGAGUCGCAAAAAGCGGCAGAAAACAGUCUAAACAAAGAAAAACGACUAAAAUUGAGCACGCGCCAUCACAGUUAGCUAUCUCUCCUAGCGCUCGAAAAUAAUAAAGUUAUUCUUGAUUCUUAUUAAAACAAAGUAUUUUUUGCAAUAUUAUAAAUCAUUUAUUAGCCAAGCUUGUUUGGUCAAGAUAGGAGAAUGUUAGCCUCGUUUAUUUUGCGCUCGGCCAAUGAAUUCAUACAUAUAUAUCCAGUCACUUCAACCUCGCGCAUGGUCAAUAGCGCAUUUGUAAUGAUAUAAAAAUUCACGCGGUCUCUUUCUGCAGAUAGCACUGUUCAAUUCAAGUUGUCUGGUUUGUUUGUAGAUUAAAGAGGGAACUGGAAAAACGAGGUGGCAGUGGAGCGGGAUCUAAGAAAGUCAAGAGAAGGAGACAAAAAGAAAAUGGUGAAACUGAAGAAAUAGAGGAAGAAGGCGAGGAAGGAAGCGAGCAGAGUGCGGAAGAUAAAAUCAAGUUGGAGCAGGCUAGGCUUGAAGAGGAUAAGAAAGCUCUCCAAGAAAAUCACAGCAUGAUGGCAGAGGUAUGUGCUUCUACGAGUCUUUUUAGUGAGUCGUGUGGGUUUGUUUUUAUUGUCUUGUCGGAUCAAUAUCAGUAUCUGGGCAACUGCCCACCCACCCCUCCCCCAACCCAACAUUAACCUUAAGUUGUUGUCAAUUGACUGUUGUUGAGUUAGGGGAGGGGUGGGUGGGCAGUAGCCCAGAUACUGAUAUUGAUCCAUCUUGUCUACCUCUCUCCCACAUAUUUGAUACACUAGAAAGACUGUGAUGCCUCAAUGAUACAUUAAAAACAGAUAAGUUAAAUAAUAUGACGAAACAACGCUCGCUUUCCUGUAGGAAAAGGAGAAGCUUAUGGGUGAAAUCCAGAAGAAAGCACAGCAGUUAAAAAAACAACAGGAGGCCCAAGCAGGUCUGAAAUCAAAAAUAAAGGUAAGCCGACUGUUAAAUGUCAUUAGGCUAAAAGUGAGUUAAAGUUGCUCAGAGAAUAGGAGGCCCAGUAAACAACCUGUUUAAUAUCGCUCAGCUAAGAUUAUGGUAAUGUUGCAUUAAGAACAUCUUACUGAUGACCCCCUCUCUCCGUAGAUGAUGGAGAGUAAAUUACUGGUCGGGGGUAAGAGCAUUGUCGAUAAAACCACGGAACAAGAGCGAGCUCUGGAGGAACAAAGGAUACAGAUCGCUGAACAACAGGUAGGUUUUAUAUUCAGCAGGAAAACGAAUGGAGUGUCCAGAGAAAAAUGGUACUAAGAGCGUUUGUAAUUAUGUCAUAAUUCCCUUCCUUUCCAGUAAAAAUUUGACGGGGAUCUGGCACUAAUGACCUCUCGCCGGUUUGCGUUUUUAUCCGGCGGGCAAGGAAACAAUCGUGUUGAAGCGCUAAUAAUGAUUAGGGUAGACAAUUUUCUCAGUCAAACCCAAUUUCGCAUAUUAUUGUUUUUAGUUCAAGACUUUCCGAGGUGUUCUGUUUUUCUUCUUUUUCUGACAUUUGCUUUCUGGCGUGUCUAUUUUCAGCGCCGCGAAAGAGAAAUACAGCAAAAGCUAGAUGAAAAGGAAGAAAAUGCAGUAGAAAUAAAGGGAAAUUACACAUCUCUUCAACAGGAAGUGGACAGCAAAACAAAGAAACUGAAAAAGGUAAAUCUGUUUUAAUAACACAAACAGGGGUAGGUAUUAAAGUCACGCACCAGUUUUCACAACAGAAUCUGGUCAGACAGGUCUGAUUUGAAAUGAUAAUUUGGUUUUAUGAACUGAGCGGUUGAUGAAGUAAAUUGGCCAUUGCAAAGAGUUUCUAAAGCUGAAGUUUCGAGCGUUCGCCCUUCGUCAUUGACCCAAAGGAAAGGGUAACCCUCGAAAUGUCAGGAACUCUUUACGGUGGCUAAUUUACAUUAUCAACUCAGCUAAUAAAAGCAAAGUAUAUUGUAACACCCCUCGACACAGCAUCACAGUUACCCCCUUUAUUCAUUUGGCUUUUUCUGAGUGCUGAUUAUAAAAGUACUCGUAAAACAGAAGAUUACGGCGCCUCAGUUUUUCUAUAGGAUUCUUUCUUUAGAGAGGAAUUUUUACUGAGUACAUUAAGAUUAAAGAAUGAACUUAGAGGAGGAGAAAAGUAAUGAUAAUAAAUGCGCUAUUCUGGCGUCGUUUCGACUGCAUAGUGCAUUCAUCAGUUUUGUAUCCCAACCAGCGCAAUAGUGUUAAUAAAGUCACUCUGAAAAUGAGGGUCACAGACGUUUAACGGAGAGUCUGGAGGGAAAUUGAAAACGAAAUAAACCAUUGUUGUUAAAUAAAUGGAUUAAAAACACUGAAGAGGAUGAAUUUAGCUCUUAUCUUAAUUUCCUAUUUGAAUGUUGAAAAUCUUUCCGAUAGCUGUUUGGCAAGUUACAGACCAUCCGCUCUGAAAUCGCUGACCAGCAAGAAGCGCAUAUUCGGGAACGACAGGAACUGGAGCAGGCUCAGGAGGAUCUUACUAGGGAACUGAAGCUGAAGUGAGUUACUCUGUGUGUACAUACACCACAACUAAAGUGCUAGUUUUCGAAGACUAUUUUCAAGCUGGACCAUGAAAUCCCCUUUUUGCUGUGAUUGUCUCAUGUGAAACAGCAAAUGUACCAGAAUCUAGACACAAAUCAUCGUUUCGGGGGCAAUUUCAAUGUAAGCAACAUUUACACAGCAGCGAGUUUUUCACAACAAUUUAUUAUAUUUUUUUUAUGGAAAAGCAUCCUAUCCUAUAGCUCCCCUACGAAACCUUUAUUUGAAAUGUCACGCGUGAUUUGCAUUGCGUGACAUCUAGAAGAAAGCAUUGCGAAGUUUUUCGAGUAGGGAAAAGAUUGAAGAAAUAUUGGAUGAUUCGACAGUUUCUUGUGAAGAUAUUUGUGAGGACGCUUGUCACGGAAAGAGGGUCCAAAUGAAAAUGAGACGCAGGUAAUAUUUGCGGAUGCAUUCAGAGAACGAGUUUUUCUGGAUAAAGGGAAACUUAAUGCACAGUCCUUGUGGAGGACAAAAAGAUUUGUAGGCACUUUUCAUCAGCACCAAUAAUUGGGAAAUUGAAUCAUAUUUGGUAGAUGUUUGAACCAUUCUCUAAUUGUUGGCCUUCCUUCUCUAAAGGUCCUUGAUAAUAGAGAACUUCAUUCCCCCUGACGAGCGAGUCAAACUUACUAAUAGAGCGGUUUAUGACGAUGAAAAGGAGGAGUGGACGUUGAAACCUUCUUCUCAGAACGGCAGGUGAAUAACUUUUGGGUGAUUAUUGCACAAUGUUCUUUAUCAACGAAACUUUCGUUGAAACUCUAGGUGCCGCCAGAGAUAGUUUUCAGAAGUAAUUUGAUUAAGUCACGUACGAAAAAUUGACUCCCGCUUUUGGGUUCGAUUCUUGAGCGAAGAAAUCGGAGCUGUAUAAAGGCUCAUGUUUCCGGCUCAGUUGUCCCAAAUCCAUUUGUCCCUGUCUCAACUGACCUGCUCCAAACUGUCAGUGGCUCCAUAUCUCAGUUGGUUAACGUAUUCCUCCAGCUUGACGAGGAAACAAAUUCCAUCUUGUUGGCGUCGUGACGUUUGCAUAAGCGUAUAUCAUUUUAUUUAUUUAUUUAUUUAUUUAUUUACUUACUAUUAUUUAUUCAUUUAUCUUUCGCGGCUCAUAUCGAACUCUGUCAUACCCAUACUCCCAAAAUAAAUUAAGAAAGAUCGAUGAGGUGUCGUCUUCAAAAUCUUCGUGGUGUAUGACCUCGCAUAAUGGCGCAUGUCUGGAGGAUGGCUUCUCCAAGCUCAUGUUCUUUUUUUUUAUAGUUGCUUUUAUUUUCCACUUUGCAGCCAGCAAGCCAUGGCUAAACGACCGGUUUCAGCCGUGGGCAACAGACGACCUAUUACUGAAUAUGCCAAAAUGGCGGCGGCCAUGGGUGGUCACAUGCGAUACAAGGUACAACUUCAUGAUGGUGAUCAGGGGGGUUAGGGCCGCUUCCUCAACCUCUUCCCCCCCCCCCUCAAUGUUUUAGUUCCCAACUAGCCUUUAGAGCUGGAUCCACAACUGGUAUAUUUCUUUGCUAUCCUGAUUGUUUCCCCUUUGAAAAUUAUCCUUGAAUCCGUGACGCAACUAAACGGGAAAAUCAAAUUUUCACAAAUAUUGGAAAAUCCAAAUAACGUAUGAAUAAAAGGCGACAGGUAAAUGUCAGCUCAAUGUAUUGACUGAAGUAAUGUUAACUGAUGACUGCUAUUGUCAUCUUGUGGUAAUUCUUGAGAUUACAUUCAUCUUCUGUCUCUCUCUUUCAAGGCCGAGAACAUUAUCAUGAUCGAGCUGGACAUGCCCAACAGGACAACCAGGGAUUAUGAGGGGCCUGCUGUGGCACCUAAGGUUCAAGCUGCUCUGGAUGCGGCUCUACAGGAUGAGGAAGAUCUCACACUCGAUGCUGAGUAAGCUGCAACACCUUGCACUGUAGUUAAAUCCUGUCGAUAAAUCCUAAAGUUAAAUCGGUGUUCGCGCGCUGCUAGAGAAAAGCAGAGAGCUCUUUCACAUGACCUCACAGCGGUCUUGUUCAUUUACUAAAACAAUUAUAAUGGCGGUCCUGAUGAUAUACCAUAACAGUGAGACGGUGGCCAUGUUGAAGCUCCAAAGUAGUGAAAUAGCGGCCAUAUUGGUAGUUUUCUUCGCAACUGUUUUUUGGGUUGCAACACAGCAACCACCCUAGAGAGUCCUUACGGUGAGCGUUGCGUAACAUAUCAAAGAACCACUGAGUUGUCAGGAGACUUACAACUGUACACUGGUGUACCGAAAUGAAACUGAUGGCCAUGUUGUUGUACGAAAACACAAAACCUACUACUGACAAUAAAGCUUAGAAGGUUAUCUUUGUGAUAGCCUGAACUUUUCCAGAGAUACACGCCGUUAAUUUCCAUGUUCAUUCAUUCUUAUUCUAGUGUUCUUCUCAGUAAAACUAAGGUGAAGUCAAAGAGAAGAGACAAACCCGAUCAUAGCGAGCGACCUAAAACUGGGUAAGAUGCCCUAAUUUAAUUCCAGCAGUGGGUUUCGAGAGUACCACUAACUUAGAGAGCGUUAUUUUAAACAUUUUUUGUCAAAUACUCGUUUUUCCAAUCAUUCUUUUCUUUUCAGUGGAAUAUAUGACAUUGUUUGUAAAACUACCCGAUGCAGACUGUACGGCAUGUUGCACUCACAGUUCCCCUUUCCUUCUCUAAUCCUCGACAGUAUCUUGCCCUCUCCCCUUCAAAAAUGUGUCGUAAAUGAUCUCCUUUUCAUUUCUCUCAGGCGUAAAAGUAGAGGCCCGCCAUCUACCAGUCAGCAGCUGGGUUCAUCGGACUCUGCGGAAUACCCAACUGCUAGAGGCUUGGUAACUCAACAGAAGAGAGUGUUACCACAAUAACAGGAGUGGAUAUUAAAAAUUGUUGUCGUGGUGGCCCAACCUUAUCAAUCAUAUCUUUAUCAUCAACUCAUUUCCCACUGUUUUUAUUUCUAAAUGGAAUUAAGUUUCAAGGAAUUUAUGCCAUAUUUUUCUAGCGCUGUUGUUUUUGUCCUCGACGAGUUAUCUGACGACGGCGGGCAUCUGAUGCGGGUAUCCGAGGGGUGCCCACCCUUCUUCUGUAGGAGAUCCCUUCCCCAUCUCUGUCACUGAUCUAGCUGUUCAGACUAGUUCUAAAUUUCUUCAGGCUAUAUCUCAAACGAUGUCUGUACCAAUGGUUUAAAAUUAUCUGCGAACCCAGCUCUCGAGUAGGCCUUUAUCAUAAGUGUUGUAAGACGCGCGUUCCUUCACCUCGGGAAGAUACGAAACGAGUCAGGGAGAGGUUUGUGGGGAGUCUGACACUAAUUUUAGUGCUAGACCCCUUCUAAACCAGUCACCGACUCCGGUUGCUCAAAGUAACAUAUGAGCAUCAUACUUUCCCGCGGGCAGAGAAACGCUCGUGCCUAAGCACUGACAACAAGGGCCUGGUUGCACGCUACUGUAAACCUUGCUGUUAGUUUGUUCGCAACCCCAGUAUUUUUUCGCAAACGCGUAAACACCACUUUAGAUUAGGAUCAUUUCAAUUCUUUGAAAGAAAAUGACUGCCUUCUUUUAAUGACAUGAAAUUUUGUCUCAGAGUGCUUAUUAUCAGCGAUCUUCAGGUCGCUGAAAGUGUUAAAUCAUCCCUGGUAUUCUU